UGUGCCGCCUGCCGCGCCGUGCACAGAACUCACGGCGCCGCGUAGCACCGCGCACCGCGACGGCCCCGACACCGCCCGCCCUGUCAAGUGUAGUGUCGUCUUGCGGGCAAGCCGAGGCGGAGUCUCUCGAAGAAGGAGUGUCACACAUUCUCCUUCCACAAUCCUGCCCGGAAAACCGUAAUACGGUCCUGAUGUCCAACGAGUCUUGGUCGCUGCCGCCCGCAGAUGGCCUGUACAGCCCCGAGAAUGAGAAGGCAGCUUGUGGUGUUGGCUUCAUCGUCUCCAUCGAUGGCCAACGCUCACACAAGAUCCUCCGCGACGCGGAGAAGCUGUCGAUGCGCAUGAACCACCGCGGCGCCUGCUCGUGCGACAAUGACACUGGCGAUGGCGCGGGCGUGCUCACCGCCAUCCCGCACGACCUGUACGCCGCGGAGCUCCGGGCGACUCAGAAGGUGGAGCUGCCGCCGCUGGGCCGCUAUGCCACGGGGAUCUGCUUCACGGACAAGGCCAGCGGGCCCGCCUGCGAGGAGCACUUCGCCAAGCUGGCCAAGGAGUGCGGCCUCGAGGUGGUGUGCUGGCGCGACGUGCCCGUCGACAGCACCAAGAUCGGCCUCAUGGCGCGCAAGAGCGAGCCCCUCAUGCGCCAGGUGUUCGUCACCGGCAAGGCGCAGGACGACGCGCUCAACCGCCAGGCCUUUAUUUUAAAGAAAGUAGCUACCCACCAGAUCGCCGGUCCCGGUCGUCGGUUUUACAUCUGUUCCCUGUCGACCUCCACUGUUGUGUACAAGGGUCAAUUCACAGCUGAUCAACUCUGGGCAUAUUUUAAUGACCUUUCCAAUGAAUCUUUCCAUACCUAUUUAGCCCUUGUGCACACACGUUUCUCCACCAACACAUUCCCCAGCUGGGAAAGGGCACAUCCAUUGAGGUACCUUGCCCACAAUGGUGAGAUAAAUACCUUACGAGGAAAUGUUAAUUUCAUGAAAGCCCGUGAGGGCGUCAUGUCCAAUGAGGAGUUUGGUGACUUGAAGAAACUCUAUCCAGUUGUGGAACCAAACCUCUCUGACUCAGGCGCAGUUGAUUGUGUUCUUGAGUUCAUAACUAUGGCAGGAAAACGAUCUCUUCCUGAGGCUGUUAUGACUAUGGUCCCAGAAGCUUGGCAAAACGACAAGACAAUGCCAGAAGAAAAGAAAGAUUUCUAUCACUGGGCGGCUUGUUCAAUGGAGCCUUGGGAUGGCCCUGCUCUGCUGACGUUCACAGAUGGACGUUACAUUGGAGCCAUUCUGGAUCGGAAUGGACUACGGCCAUCGAGAUUCUAUGUUUUGAAGGAUAACAUUAUGGUCAUGGCCUCUGAGGUAGGAGUGUAUGACACUGACCCAAGCAAUGUCCUACUCAAGAGCCGAUUGAAGCCAGGACGCAUGUUAUUGGUGGACACGAAGCAGAAAACAAUCAUCCAGGACGUUGAGCUGAAGCGACAGAUAGCCCUUUCCCGCCCCCACUCUACUUGGCUUAAAGAGGAGAGGAUUUUGAUGUCAGAUCUUUACAAAGAUCACAAACCAACUGCAGAGGAUGCAGCCUUAUGCAAGCCUAUCAUUGACAAAACCGCUACCUCUCGUAUCAAAACGGAAGAAGAGAGGCAAAUUGCAGUUGGACAGAUGUAUGGAGGGGAUCAGCGCCUGUCGAUGUUUGGGUACACCAUUGAGACCAUCACCAUGCUGCUAGUGCCCAUGAUUAACACCAAGAAGGAAGCCCUGGGCUCCAUGGGCAAUGAUGCUCCUCUGGCCUGCCUGUCAAAUUUCCAGCCACUUCUAUAUGAGUACUUCAAGCAACUUUUUGCUCAGGUCACAAAUCCACCCAUUGAUCCCUUCCGUGAGAAAAUUGUUAUGUCCUUGAUGUGCCCCAUUGGUCCGGAAGCCAAUCUUCUUGACCCAUCCUCGAAGCAGUGUCACCGUCUCUUCUUGCCCAACCCAAUUUUGUCUUUGAAAGACCUUCUCGUCAUUAAGAAUACCAGUCACCGCGGUUGGAAGAGCAAGGUCAUUGACAUAACAUUUGCACGAAAAGAUGGUGCCGCUGGACUUAAGAAUGCUCUCAGUCGCAUUUCUGAUGAGGCUUGCCAAGCUGCCAGAGCUGGAUAUCAGCUUCUCAUUCUCUCCGAUCGUGCUGCUGGGGUGGACCGCUUGCCUGUUAGUGCUCUCAUGGCCCUUGGUGCCACCCAUCACCAUCUUAUUGAAGAGAGGCAGCGCAAGAAAGUGGGGCUGAUUGUUGACACAGCAGAGGCUCGAGAGGUUCAUCACAUGUGUGUCCUUCUGGGAUACGGUGCUGAUGCCAUUUGCCCAUACUUGGUGUUUGAGCUGGCUGCUUCUCUUCGUUCAGAAGGUGUUAUUGACGCAAAUAUUUCUGACGAUGAUCUCUUUAAGAACUAUUCUGAAGCAAUGGAACGUGGUAUUGCUAAAGUAAUGGCUAAAAUGGGAAUAUCUACCCUGCAGUCUUACAAGGGAGCUCAAAUCUUUGAAGCAGUUGGUCUUUCUGAUGAAGUAGUUGACAAAUGCUUCAAGGGAACACAGUCUCGAGUUGGAGGAGUCACUUUUGAAGUUCUUGCCAAGGAAGCAUUUGAUCGGCACAGUCUUACUUACGAUGAGAAUUCUGCUGAUAUGUUAGUUCUCCGGAACCCUGGUGUAUUCCACUGGCGCUCAGGUGGAGAAAAGCACAUCAACGAACCCACCAGCAUUGCAAGUCUUCAAGAGGCUGCAGUUAGCAAGAGCCAAAAUGCUUAUGAAAAGUUCUGCCAAUCUACUAUGGAAAGUGUCAAGGCUUGCACUCUACGAGGUCAAUUGGAAGUGGUUCCAAGCCCAAACAUUCCACCUGUUGACAUUUCUGAAGUGGAACCUGCUGCAUCCAUAGUGAAAAGGUUUGCUACGGGCGCUAUGAGCUUUGGCAGUAUUUCCUUGGAGGCUCAUCAAACUCUUGCCAUGGCGAUGAAUCGCAUUGGAGGGAAAUCCAACACAGGAGAAGGUGGAGAAAAUGCUGACCGUUACUUGAACCAAGAUUCGGAGAGUAACAGACGAUCAGCGAUAAAGCAGGUUGCUUCUGGUCGUUUUGGUGUAACAAGCUCCUAUCUGGCUCAUGCUGAUGAUCUUCAGAUCAAAAUGGCCCAAGGUGCCAAGCCUGGUGAAGGAGGUGAACUGCCUGGAUACAAAGUCACUGCAGAUAUUGCUGCCACUCGACACUCUGUUCCUGGAGUUGGUCUGAUUUCUCCUCCUCCACAUCAUGACAUUUAUUCAAUUGAGGAUUUGGCAGAGUUGAUCUAUGAUUUGAAGUGUGCCAAUCCUAAUGCCAGAAUAUCUGUCAAACUAGUAUCAGAAGUUGGCGUUGGUGUGGUUGCAUCAGGUGUGGCCAAGGGUAAAGCAGAGCACAUUGUUAUAUCUGGUCAUGAUGGUGGUACAGGUGCCAGUUCAUGGACUGGAAUCAAAAAUGCUGGGCUUCCAUGGGAGCUUGGUAUUGCUGAAACUCAUCAAGUAUUGACGAUGAAUAACUUGCGCUCCAGAGUUAUUGUUCAGGCAGAUGGACAGAUCCGUACAGGGUUUGACGUAGUGGUGGCUGCUUUGCUGGGUGCAGAUGAGUUUGGCUUCAGCACUGCUCCUUUGAUUGUCAUGGGGUGCACAAUGAUGCGCAAAUGUCAUCUAAACACCUGCCCAGUUGGCAUUGCUACCCAAGAUCCAGAACUACGCAAGAAAUUUGCUGGCAAACCAGAGCAUGUGAUCAACUAUAUUUUUAUGCUGGCUGAAGAGGUAAGAGGCGUCAUGGCAAAGCUGGGUAUUCGUAAGUUCCAAGAUCUUGUUGGACGUACUGAGUUUUUACGAGUGUCUAAAAAUGCUAACUUCAAAGCUCAAAUGCUUAAUUUUGAGCCCAUCUUGAAAAAUGCUCUCACUAUGCGUCCUGGAGUCAAUAUUGUCGGUGGGUCUGAGAAGCAAGAUUUCCAGCUUGAGAACCGAUUAGACAAUGAACUUAUCAAGGCAGCGAAACCUGUUAUUGAUGGCACUGUGAAAUCUGUUAAAUUGGACCUUACAAUAAACAAUGAAUGCCGAGCUUUUGCAAGUACUUUGAGCUACCAUAUUUCUAUUAAAUAUGGUGAUGCUGGUCUACCAAACGGAAGCAGCAUUCAUAUUAAUAUGAAGGGAUCAGCUGGACAGAGUUUCUGUGCCUUCAUGUCUCGGGGAGUUUAUGUCACUUUGGAAGGUGAUGCUAACGAUUAUGUGGGCAAGGGUUUAUCUGGUGGAGAAAUUGUGAUAUAUCCUGCAAAGAACACCUUAGUUGAUGAGCAAUCAGAGAAAAAUGUCAUUGUAGGCAAUGUGUGCUUGUAUGGUGCAACUACUGGGCGUGCUUAUUUCCGAGGAAUUGCAGCUGAAAGAUUCUGUGUGCGCAACUCUGGUGUGGUUGCUGUUGUGGAGGGUGUUGGUGACCAUGGCUGCGAGUACAUGACAGGAGGUUGUGUUGUAAUUCUUGGCUUGACCGGACGUAACUUUGCUGCUGGUAUGUCAGGGGGUAUUGCUUAUGUCCUUGAUGUUGAUGGAUCAUUUAGAGGAAAAUGCAACAUGGAAAUGGUUGAGCUGUUACCUCUUGAGAAGAAAGAGGACUUAGACCAUGUUGCCCAGUUACUCAAAGAGUUCCAGCAAAAGACAGGUUCAAAGAUUGCUCAAGAUCUUCUGGCCCAAUGGCCCAAGCCUGCUUCUCAAUUCAUUAAGGUAUUCCCAUAUGAGUAUCAGAAGGCUCUUGCUGCUAUGGCUGCAGAGAAGGAAAAUUCGUCAGUUAAGAAGGUGGAGCCAGUUGUGCCUGUUAAAGCAGAGCCUAAAGUAAAAGAUAUUGAGGAAGCUAUUAAUGAUGAAGACAUGGAGAAGAAAAAGAUGGAUAAAAUUUUGGAUAAGACAAGAGGAUUUGUUAAGUACAAGAGAGAAACUGUUCCGUAUCGGAAUGUGGAAAGUCGAUUGAAUGACUGGGACGAAAUCUAUGACUUCCAGCGUGUAAGGAAAGGAUUGCGUGUUCAAGCUGCUCGCUGCAUGGAAUGUGGUGUUCCAUUCUGUCAAUCUUCUCAUGGUUGUCCUCUUGGAAACAUAAUUCCAAAAUGGAAUGACCUUGUAUUCCAUGAAAAUUGGAAAGAAGCUUUAAACCAACUCCUUCAGACAAACAACUUCCCUGAAUUUACUGGACGGGUGUGCCCUGCACCAUGUGAAGGUGCCUGUGUCCUUGGCAUAAAUGAACCUGCUGUCACUAUUAAGAACAUCGAGUGUGCUAUAAUUGAUCAUGCAUUUGAGCAAGGAUGGAUUAAGCCUAGCCCUCCCCUAACACGAUCAGGGAAGAGUGUCGCUGUCAUUGGGUCCGGUCCCUCUGGACUUGCUUGUGCUCACCAACUUAAUAAGGCGGGACACUCUGUAACCGUGUAUGAACGAAAUGAUCGUGUUGGAGGGCUCUUGCAGUAUGGUAUCCCUACAAUGAAGCUUUCCAAGGCAGUUGUUCAGCGCCGAGUUAAGCUUCUUGAAGAUGAAGGCAUUCAGUUUAAGACCAAUUCCAACAUUGGCAAGGACAUUAAAGCCAAGGAACUGUAUGACAACUUUGAUGCAGUUGUAAUGUGUACUGGGGCAACAUGGCCUCGUGACCUUCCUAUUCCUGGACGCCAACUUGAAGGAAUUCAUUUUGCGAUGGCAUUCCUUGAGAAUUGGCAGAAGGUUCAGAUGGGUAAUGACAUUCAUGUCCCCAAACUGCUCGCCAAGGACAAGGACGUGAUAGUCAUUGGUGGCGGUGAUACUGGCUGUGAUUGCAUUGCCACAUCUUUACGUCAGGGAGCCAAAUCCAUUACCACAUUUGAGAUUCUCCCAGAGCCCCCUGUUCGACGAGCUGCUGAUAAUCCAUGGCCUCAGUUCCCCAGAGUCUUCAAGGUGGAUUAUGGGCAUGAUGAAGUCAAGUUGAAAUUUGGCAGGGAUCCUCGUCAAUUUAGUACAACAAGCAAGGAGUUCCUUGAUGAUGGCAAGGGCAAUGUCACCGGUAUUAAGACAGUCAAGGUCGAGUGGACGAAGGAUGAUCAAGGGCGAUGGAAGAUGGAAGAGGUUCCCAACUCGGAGAAGGUCUACAAGUGUGAUUUGGUUCUGCUGGCCAUGGGCUUUUUGGGCCCAGAAAAAUACAUUGCAGAGGAACUGCAGCUUAAGUUGGAUCCUCGAAGUAAUUAUGAGACGCCUAAUGGACAGUAUUGCACAUCAGUUCCUAAAGUAUUUGCAGCAGGGGAUUGUCGUCGUGGCCAGUCGCUCGUGGUGUGGGCCAUCUCUGAGGGAAGACAAGCCGCAAGAGAGGUGGACCAGUUCUUGACUGGAGAAACGAACCUGCCCGGCCCGGGCGGCGUCAUCGUACCUCACGCUCGCCGUGGUUAAUUUCUGUCGUGGAAAAGGAAAACAAUUAUUAUUUUAAAGCAAGGGCUUCCAUUCAGUAGCAUCCCUUUCGAUUUCUGUUGCUUUUCCUCCCCAUUUCUGUUCGUUUCUAAGCUACUGUCAGAAAGGAGGGAAUCAACAGAUGGCAUCAUUAGUUGUUUUCAGAGUCGUUCCUUUUCUGUUUUUGAGUCAUUGCCCGCAAAAUGCGUCCCUUGUUUUUCUUUGUAGAAGCUGGGCUCUCUAUAUGUUAUGGUGGUGAAUUUACUUUCGCCAAAAGCCAUUAUCAGUAUUAGAAAGGGAGAACUUUGAGUGUUAGUGUGUGAGUGUUCUGCAUGGAGGAGAUUCACCAAUGGCAGAUUGAUAGAAUGGAAUUUCUUUUGUACAAGCAAAUAUUGAUUUUAUGUCCUAUUUUUGUUACUGUGAGCUUUUAAAACCCAAAGUAAAGGUGUUUCAAUUUUUUUUUUUAAAUUUGUUGCAUACUGGAUAACAAUGAACUUUUGUCAACUUGGUUUAUUCAUCUGAAAUCCUUUUACUUCAGAUCAUAUUUUACUUUUUCUUAACGUAGGCUUAAGUUUGUAUAAAUAUUUUGUUAUUUCUGAGUAGUUUUGUUUUAUAUUUCAAAUUUAAUGAUUUGAAUGUGCAAAAUGCUGGAAUCUACAGAGCUGUGUCUAUUUAAUUACUCAUUUUUUGUGUGUUAUGUUAAUUUUUAAGACCUGUUGAAGUUAAACUUGAAUUUGAAGGCUAGAAAUGUGGAUUGUUUGAGGUUUAUGUUGGUGUAUCUACCUCAAAGUCAAAAGGCUAGUGCUGUUCUAGUUAUUGAUUGCUAAGUCACAUAACAAAAACAUAAGUAUAACUUGGGUUUUCUUUUCUCAUGCAUUUGCUUUAUUGUAUCUCGCCAAAGAUUUCAAACAAAUCAAAGGGCUCUAGAAGAUUAUUUGUUCUUUUAAAGGUUUUUUGUUAUUGUUGUUGUUGUAACGCUGUUAAUGGUAUGCCUGUUGCAACACACUGAAACAAUUUGUCUGCUCAUGAAUUUCCCAGUCGGUGCUUGUUAUUUACGUUGUCUCAUCUUGCUAAUAUUAGCUUGAAGCUAGUAGAUAAGCAAUGGACCUAUAAGCAACAGUUUUGGUCAAUUUAUUUGGCCAUUUUGUGGUUGAUUAUGCGAUUGUGCAGCCGUAUAUUUGUUUUACUGUGUAUGUUUACUUAGUAAAAGAAUUAUUGUUGCAAUAUGCGAAGCAAUUUAUGUAUCAUGUACAUUUAUCAAUGGAAUAUCUCUGUUUCAAGUUUCCCAUGAACAUGUAUACUGUAAAAACUUAUAUAAUCUACAUCUUGGAUAAAAAAAAAUGAAUAAAACUAUUUUAUGAAAUUAUUUUUUCUGAAACAUAGUUCUGGAAAUAAUUGUGCUCUGAUCGUUCAUGCCUGAAGCGCAUCUCUUCGAUAUGCAAUCGAGUGUCUGGUUAAUGUGUUAUGUAGCACUUUUUUUUUUGAAAUUAUUGUCAAAAGUACUGUAUAUCGCGAUGAAUUGUGGUGAAAGUCGUGUAUGAGAUUGAAGUUAAUCCUUGUUUCAUUACGGACCUGUAGUUACAACAUUCACAUUUGAAGGCUACUGUACCAUUAUCAUGUGUGCUUUAGAUCUUCACUGAAGAUAUAUUUUAAAUUGUCAAUUUAGGGGUUUGCCCCAUAACAAAUUGCUUUAAGAAAAUUAACUGUUGAAGACUACUAGUAUUUUUAUUACAUCUUUAAAGUAGCAAACUGGCUUUGAAAGCCAGCUGGUCAAGAGUUUAUGGAGGGAAUGCUGAUAGACUGGCAAAGAAUACUUGAAUGGUUGAAGGGUUUAUCCUGUCAACAAUAUAAAUUGGUAUUGCACAAAUGAAGUUGAUUCCGAACUACAUUUCCAAAAUAAAAGCAAGAUACUUGUUAGAAUAGACAUGUGCCUUUUAGAUUUUUGCUUGAAUGGUCUGAUGUUGAAAGCUAUUGUUCUACUCAUAUUAUGAAAAGAACCUUGAUCUUGGCAUACAUCUGAAUCCACCUUUGCCUGUGGCACUUUCAUUAACAUUUUUCUUGUGUCCGUGUGAUGUGAGUGUCUGAGCCUGGACGGUGCUCACUAUUCAACCUUGGUCUUUUCUGCGAAUAAUUACUCUUACAAAUGGCUUUUUAGUUUGAUCAAAAUAGGCUCAAGUGAUCUCCUGUGCGUUCCAUUACAUGUAGCCAAGCAUUUAUUGAAAAUAUAAAUGUUCAAAUGCAAGAGGCAUGGCUUUGACUAUAAUACUAUGAACUUAAUUAAUCAGGCAACCUGUCAUGUCCCUUGUAUUGAACGGAUGUGAUACUAUACACAUUUUGGGUAAAUAGAGUGCAUUUAAAGUUAAGUUCUGUCUUCAUCAGGGAAUUUGCAGGUACACAUGUUCAUCAUAUAUUUACUAAGAAAGUUCAUUUUUAAAAUCUGAUAUGUACUCAGUCUCUCUCUUGCCAGCAUGUUAAAGUUACAGAAAUUAAUUUUAUCCAAGUACGUAAUUCUUGUCUAGAUUAUCUUCGGCCUCUUUCAAUAUUGUUAUAGAAAGAAGUCAGCCAUAAACUACCAAUAUAAUGGAUGUGUGUAUUGUGAAAAAUGCAAAACAAAAGACAAAAAAAGAAAAUAAUAUUAAGCAACAAUGAGACAAUAAUAAUGUAAAGUAAACGAAUCACAUAUAUUUCAACUGCAUUAGUUAGUGUGCUUGUGAGAGCGGCCAGAUAAAACGGUGAUGGGAAGUGGUUCCACUCCACAGAAGAGGUUUCCAAAGUGUACAUGUUGUAUCACUGUUUUGACAAUAAAAACCGCUCGCACUUAA